UCCGCAGCUAUCGAGAGGGGCGGCGAGGUGCGGAGAUUGGCGGCGGAAGCGGGAGUCGUCCGACUAAAAUGAAAAGAGAACCGUAGCCCUCUGGCGAGUAGUGGUGAUAGUUCCGGUACGGCAAUGAGCGCGGCGGAGUUCUUCGACAAAGCGGAAGUCGUGGCCAUUCCGAUGCCGCCCACGCACGGCGAGGCGGAAGAGGCGGCGCCCCCGCGGCCGCCGCUGUCCAACAUGGUGACGAGCACGACGACGACCGCGACGACGACGACGGACGACGACGAGAACAACAACACGGAGGCGGCCGUCGACGACGGGUACUCGCCGCUGCGGUCGCCCAUCGACUCGAUGGCCAGCUACGGCGACGACUCGCGCACGCUGCUGAACCCCGCGGUCUGGAACCGCGCCACGCCCGCCUCGCACCUCAGCAGCGCGCGCUCUGGCGCCUCCAGAAGGAGCCGCUACCGGAAGGUGCGUCGGCGAGUCGUGCUGAAGAGCGGCGAGUGCAAUGUGGUGCAGACGCACGUGGCGCAGCGCCGGCUGCGCUACAUGCAGGACAUCUUCACGACGCUGGUGGACACGCAGUGGCGCUGGACGCUGCUCGUCUUCGCGCUCGGCUUCAUCCUCAGCUGGCUGGCGUUCGCCGUCAUCUGGUGGCUCAUCGCCUUCACGCACGGCGACCUCGAGCCCGAGCACCAGGAGGAGGACUCGGGGUGGCGGCCGUGCGUCGUCAACCUCAACAGCUUCGCCUCCUGCUUCCUGUUCAGCAUCGAGACGCAGCACACCAUCGGCUACGGGUCGCGCAGCACCACGGAGGAGUGCCCCGAGGCCAUCUUCGUCAUGUGCCUGCAGAGCAUCUGCGGCGUCAUGAUACAGGCCUUCAUGGUGGGUAUCGUGUUCGCCAAGAUGUCGCGGCCGAAGCAGCGGACGCAGACGCUGCUGUUCAGCCGGAACGCCGUCAUCUGCCUGCGGGACGGGCUGCUGGCGCUCAUGUUCCGCGUGGGCGACAUGCGCAAGUCGCACAUCAUCGGCGCGACGGUGCGAGCGCAGCUGAUUCGCACGCGGCGCACCAAGGAGGGCGAGGAGCUGGCGCAGUCGCAGUGGGAGCUCGACGUGGGCACCGACGACGGCGACAACAACCUCUUCUUCAUCUGGCCCAUGACCGUCAUCCACCGCAUCACCGAGACCAGCCCGCUCUACAGCCUCUCGGCCGCAGACCUGCUCGACACCAAAUCGGAGAGCCGCUUCGAGAUAGUCGUCAUCCUCGAGGGCACCAUCGAGUCCACGGGACAGACGACGCAGGCGCGCUCUUCCUACCUGCCCACGGAGAUCCUGUGGGGCCACCGGUUCGAGCCCAUGGUCGCGUACAACAAGGAGCGCCAGGCGUACGAGGUCAACUACAGCCUCUUCAACAACACCCACACUGUAGACACGCCGCUGUGCAGUGCCAAAGAUCUCGCCGAUUUCUAUCGCCUGCAGGAAUUCGCUCGAUCUCCCGCAUCAAGACUCAGUGACCUUGGAAGCAGUUUGUACUCUUCUCAGCAAUAUUUACUACCAGACGAGCAAAGGAACAGUAAAACUGCAGUGGUUUGCUCACAGAAUGCACCUUUAUUGGAUGUCCCAGACUCAGUAGAUAUUAACAACUUAUCUAUUGUAAACACACUUGAUGAAACUGUUGUCUGACAACAGUAGACAGAUUUUUUAUAGCAUAAAAUAAGGGUUUCUUAUGCCAAGAACUGAUGGACUACAUUAACAAGCCUUGAAAAUAACUGGUCUGAAAAAAGAAGUUUUGAACAAAUUUGUUUAAAUGAAACAUUCUACCUCUAAUUUGUUUGAAUGGAACACACUGUGCAAGGAAUGGCCUGAUUCACCUACUGCUCACAAUCACCCACAAGUUCACAAUCACCAUCAAGUUUUUGCACUUGAAAUUCAACAUUUUCUUUAUAAAAGAUGGUUUUAUUAAAUCCAAUAAAAGAGAAAAUAGUUUAAUAGUGACUCUUUCCAGAAGUAGCAGAAUUUGCUCCUUCAGAACUAGUCAUAAAUAAAAACUGAUUUUGACAUUACAGAUUGUUUUACUCCAAUAGUUAACUUUUCUGGUGACCUUUUAUAAUGUGCUUAAAACUAUAGCUGUGACCAUAACAAUCAAAAUUUACAUUUUCGUGCUGUAUACUGUGAUUCAGUAACUCAGCAUCAAAAAUUUAUAUUAAUUGGUAAAAUGUGACUAUGAAAAGAAUAAUGUGACUAAAAUAAAUGGUUGUACAUGUAAUUUUUCAGUGAGAAGAAAGAAAAUAUAAGUAAUGGAAGCAAUAAAGCGAGUAUUUACAAA